CGCCAACAGCAUUCUAGGAUUCUGGUAAGCUUGGCAACCUUUUCCUGCACCCUCCUGCAAGCUUCAAAAACCUUCCGAUUUUGUCUGCGGUGAACUUUCUUACGAUGCUCUCAAUCUUGGCAAUUGAGCUUCAUGAUGACUAAGAAGAGAAUGUAGACCCUCACACUCCUUGCCAUCUUGUCCAACAAACGGCAGAUCAGGAAGCAUGCGAAGUUUGUUCGCCACCACAGCAUGAUCGCUUGGAUGGCUGAGAUCCUCAGCAUUGCUCGGCAGUUGCCUGGCAAAGGCGUCCGUUCGUGUGCACUCACCGAUUUGCUGUUCAGCUUGUUCAAGGUGUCAUCUGCCGCCGCAAUGGCGUCCGCUGCUCUGGCCCGCUCCACCACCCUCUCCAGCCUCUCCCUCCACACCACCACUCCUCGCAGCAACCAAUGUAAACGCGCCCUCGUGAGUGCGUUCGCACCCGCGCACUCGGCCGCCUCCCCCGCCAGCCUUGGUUUCUCGAGGUCAGCAGCCACUGGAGGGUCCCCCAGUUUGAGGAGAGUGGUCCGGCAGCAGAGCACGGCCGCAGUGAGCCAAACAAGAGAAGCGGGGCAGGCCAGGGCGGCGGGCCUCCCCAUCGAUCUUACCGGGAAGAAGGCGUUUGUGGCUGGCGUUGCGGACGACCAGGGCUUUGGGUGGGCCAUCAGCAAGGCCCUGGCAGAGGCAGGCGCAGAGAUCAUCCUGGGGACGUGGGUGCCGGCUCUCGGCAUCUUCGAGAAAAGUCUAAAGAUGGGCAAGUUCGACGACUCUCGCAAAUUGUCCAACGGUCAGAUGCUUGAGUUUGCCAAGGUGUAUCCCCUAGACGCGGCGUUCGACAAGCCGGAAGACGUCCCCGAAGACAUUGCCACGAACAAGCGGUACGCUGGAGCAGCUGGCUUCACAAUCUCGGAGUGUGCGGAGAAGGUUGCCAACGACUUCGGCAAGAUCGACAUUCUGGUACACUCGCUUGCGAACGGCCCCGAGGUGACCAAGAACCUGCUGGAGACAUCCCGGCGGGGCUAUUUGGCUGCGUCGUCCGCAAGCGCGUAUUCCUUCAUCAGCCUGCUGCAGCACUUCGGGCCGCACAUGACCCAGGGCGGCGCCACCGUCUCGCUCACCUACUUCGCGUCAGAGAAGGUCAUCCCCGGGUACGGCGGCGGCAUGAGCAGCGCCAAGGCGGCGCUGGAGAGCGACACGCAGGUGCUGGCGUGGGAGGCGGGCAGAAAGUACGGCCUGCGGGUCAACACCAUCUCCGCAGGCCCCCUGCGGAGUCGGGCUGCAAAGGCCAUCGGUUUCAUCGACGACAUGAUCAACUACUCCACCGCCAACGCGCCCCUACCCAAGGAGCUCACCGCAGAGGACGUCGGUAACGCCGCUGCAUUUUUGGUGUCCCCCCUGGCGUCCUCCAUCACGGGCACUGUUCUGUAUGUUGACAACGGCCUCCACGUCAUGGGGCUGGCAGUAGACAGCCCACAAGUCGCCAAAGCAGCGUCCUAGGUUGAAUGUCUAGCCACCAUUCUUGUUGUCCAAGAAUCAGGACACACGUUUCGAGUACUUUUUGACCAGCGACAUUGAUCAUUUGGCGCCGCAAGUUUUCAGCAACGGGCCAAAUCACCCAUGGCAUGCGAGAAGGCCCGUCUGGUCACUUGAGGUUUGAGUGAACGGUCCGCCGCUGCUUCGAUAUCCUCCAGUUAACUCUGGGCCAAGCUUACUGAUUGCGUGCAAACGAUCGAUGACAUGAGUG